GGGGCCGCACAUCUGGGCGGGCCUGGGCGGGGCCCCCGAGCAGUGACUCCGGCGGGACCGGCGCCGAGCAUCCCACAGCCGGUGCGAGCGGCGAACGGAGCCGAGCCGAGCCGACAUCAUGCCUAAGUGCCCCCGCUGCGACAAGGAGGUCUACUUCGCUGAGAAGGUGACUUCUCUGGGGAAGGACUGGCACCGGCCCUGCCUGCGGUGUGAGAAGUGUAACAAGACCCUGACGUCUGGGGGGCACGCAGAGCACGAUGGCAAGCCCUACUGCAACCACCCCUGCUAUGCUGCCUUGUUUGGACCCAAAGGAUUUGGCCGGGGAGGAGCUGAGAGCCACACGUUCAAGUAGAGCUCAGGUCUGAUGGGCAGAGCUCCCAACGCAGCCUGAAGACAGCACAAAUCCACCGCAACAGACAUGCCUUCUUGUCCUUCAUUCACUCUGUAAUCAAAUAGCACGUUAAAGCAAUAAGUAACCCAGGAUGGGGCUGGUGCAGAGAGGGGCUCCGCUCCAGAGGGAGCUGCAGUGCAGGAGGUUGGAUGCUGCUCCAUAGGAAAUUCGGCCACUGAGGGCUGCCUGGAGAGGAGACCGCACCUGGCCAGCUAAACCCAGCCCUGCUUCUGGCACCUGGCUCUGCAGCAGGGCCCACCCUUGUAUUCCCAAUCUUUAAUAAACCUUACAAACCAAUGCUUA